AUGGGGACGGCAGCCCCAACCCUCCUGGCCCUGCUCAGUCUAACAGCAACUAUUUGUGAUGCACAGGACACCUGCCCAGACUGUCUUCAUUUCUCAGAGGUGAGAAUAGUGGGACUGGGUGAUGCUGACCGGCUCGCCGUUCUCCAAGGAUGCCCAGGGAUCCCAGGUGCCUCUGGUCCAAAAGGAGAACCAGGUGUCCCAGGAACAAAAGGAGAAGUGGGAGCCCAGGGACUUCCCGGGAAAGCAGGACCACCUGGUGCAAAAGGAGCAGCUGGAGAGCCUGGCUUCCCAGGACUGGAAGGAAGGAAAGGAGAGCGAUUUCCAGAAACAUGGGAAGCCAGAAACUGCCAAGAGCUGUUGGGUAAAGGGAAGAUCCUGAGCGGCUGGUACACCAUCUACCCCCAAGGCUGCAAUGCCACCACCAUCUUCUGCGACAUGGAUACGGAUGGUGGAGGAUGGAUUGUUUUUCAGAGGCGCUGGGAUGGGUCAGUGAACUUCUUGCGAGAUUGGUAUUCCUACAAACGAGGCUUUGGCAGCCAGCUGACGGAGUUCUGGCUGGGCAAUGACAACAUCCACUUCCUCACCUCGCUGGGACCCUGUGAACUCCGUAUCGAUCUGAGAGACUUUGAAAACAACUACUAUUUUGCCAAGUAUGCUUCAUUCAGAGUUUUAGGAGAGUCUGAGAAAUACAAACUGGUUCUAGGCGACUUCCUUGGUGGAAACGCUGGAGAUUCCUUAUCAUACCACAAGGACAUGCCAUUUUCAACGACAGACCAGGACAACGACAUGAGCUCCUUUAACUGUGCCACAGAAUACAAGGGAGCGUGGUGGUACAAUGACUGCCAUUACUCCAACCUUAAUGGGAUGUACUGGCUGGGCAUUCAUGGGAGCUAUGCUGAUGGCAUAAACUGGAAGACAGGCAAAGAAUACCAUUACUCCCAUAAGCGAACGGAAAUGAAAUUCAGGCCAGUUUAACAUAGCAAGAGGGUGUCUGACUAGCACCAACAGGUGCCACUCAACAGCCAAAAGAAGACACAAAACAUAAUGUUGUUUGAGGACAAAAUUGGACCAGGAGGGAUAUUACAGGCUGGGCUUCCAGUCUAGAGCAGUCUUCUAGAGACCAGAAGACAUCGGUGCUGGUUUGAACUCCUGUAAGUACCAGACUCUCACCCUGGACUAUCUCCAGCAGCCCCACAGAUGAUGACUGAGCCCGAGCAUCUUUUUCUGAAAAGUGCAUUACCUUGCUUUAAAGACCAAGUGAUGGUGAGGAUAUUGCACCUCAAUAAAGCUCUCAGAUAUUAUUAGCCUAAAUGGUAAUUACUGGUAAUUUUCAUUCUAAUCCAUGUAGAUGAAGCCUCCAGUGUUCUUGCAGCCUCUUUUUCUCUUGGACCCAGCAGCCAUCUGAAAGGCACUGAAUUCUCAACCUCCCCCUGGCUCCCUGCAGGCUGUGAUGGAGCCAUGAUGUAGACCAGCAUGGACAGGCCCAAACUUCCAGCACAGGGCUGUCAGCACUGCCACCUCCCUCCUUUCCUCCCCACUGACUCACACAACACAUGCUCCAAAACCUCAGGUGGGACCUCAGCUCCUGGAACCACAGUAGCAUUGCCCAGCACUUCCCACCACUACACAGCUGCAUCUGGAUCUAGAGCUAGCUAGCUAGCUUCAGCCACUCCUCCAAGGCACGUUUGUAGAUCUCAUUCCUUCAUCACUGUGGACCAAGAGCUGGAUACAAAACAGUCUGUCCAGCAACAUGUGUGCUACCAAGACACUACAGGAGUCCCUAUAGUCAAACCUUGCACAAGUGCACAUCAUGUAAAUCAUCAGCAGGUGCCAGUAUCUUCCACUUCACCUUGUUUCCAGUAGCAUUUGAAGACGGUCUAUCUGCUGGCGGAUGGGGGGCAGGUCAUCCAGUUCAUGUGAUGUUUUCUUUGACUAUUAGCAGAACUAGUUAAAGGAUCUCUUCUUCCUGGACUCCUGCACCUGGAUUCCUCCCCACAGCUGAUGCAGGGGAUGAGAACCUACUGCUAACUCCUUACUGCAGGGACAGACCAGUCAGUGGAAGUACUUAUUUGUGUUGUUUUCCUAACGGUCCCGGGUUUAUCACACUACUUAUUGCACAGAUGCAUAGCAAGGACUGCUCCAGCCCUACAACACUGAAUCCAAACCCUGUGGGUGAGAAAAAGCGAAGAGGCAGAGGCCACUCACCCAGCACUCCACAGCAGGUCAACAAUGUGCUAAGAAAUAAGCCUGAGGUCUUGCAUCUCCCCAUUCACUAGGGCCUGUCCCUGCUCUCUUCUCCUUUUCAGGUCCGUAAGAAAGUGUGUGUCUGAGCAGAGAAGCACACACUGAAAGUCCCAUAGUCACUUCCCCAUCUCCAGGAGCUCUGCUUUGUUUUUCUCCUACUCCCAGUCAGAUUGACGUGCCCUCAGCAGGACCAAGGUUCCACAGAGUCCAGCUGUGUCUCACACUAUCAGCCACUGAUGCUAUUGUCCAUGAGUAGCUUCUCAGAGAAGCUGCCACAGACAGCUCUGCAGAACCAGACUCCUCUGCAGAGACGUACGAGUUGGUGCUGACAUCCUCAGCUUUAACCUAGCUAGAAGUGCUGAAUCCCCUUUCUCUGUUCCCCUCUAUCUUCUCCUCUUACUACACAGAAACCUUCAACAUUUAAAUUUCAUCUGUGAAGGACACCAAAAUUAGAGGGAUUAAGAGCACACCAAGCACAGUUUACCCAAGUCCAUCUCGUCGAUAUUCCCAGACUGCCACCUGACUCCAGUGAGGAAAUACUCAGGUAUGACAAACCAUCACCAGUAUUAGGUGAGGUGGUUUGGACCUGGCUGCAGAGUGAAAUUC